AUGGACGCAAUGCACGACGAGAUGGCCCCCAACCAGCUCACCUGCCCGACCGGUCAACAUGUUAUAUCGCAUUCAAAUCAACCCCCUCUCGCAUCGAUCGGACAUCAUGACCUUGGCGCUGCUCUUCGCAUGCCGAUCAACCCUAUACCUUCGGCGGUCGCUGGUGCCCGACCAUGUCCUCCACCAGACGGUGGAAUAUGUGACGAGGUGCCGCAGCAGACCCUCACGCCCACCUCAUCCUCGGCUUACCUGAUGUUUCGACGGCCCCGUUACCCCGCGGACGCCAACGUGUUCCUCUCAGACCUUCCCAACGAGCUUUUGCUUCAUAUCCUCGGCUACCUGGAUGUGAAUGAUCUACUGUCCACUUCGAGGACCAAUCACCACCUUCGUCACCUAUCUCUCUCGCCAAUCCUGCACCAUUAUCGGCUCCGACACACACGUGCCAUUCUGCCUCCUCUACUCGCCUCCCCUUCCCGCCCCUCUCUAUCGGAGCUCAUUUCCCGGUCCAUUUUCCUGACCCAUACUUCCGUCGUCUCCCGCCGUCUGGCCCGUUCCCUCGUGUCUAUAAGGCUAUCGCGCCGCCUCGCCUCUAGACCGUCAGCCGAGGCUCUUGUCGAGCGAGCCGUACUUCCACCCGAGUGCGUUCCUGGCAUGAGCAUGGUGCAAGUGGCGCCUGCCCUUGUUGCAAAGCGAAGAGCCAUUGAAAAAGAGAAGGUAAAGGAUGGUCUGAGGAACUGGGUCGAGGGCGUGUGGAAGGGUGAGGUGCGCCAGCGAGAAGAGGGCGUCAAGAAAUGGGAGGAGAUCAAGGGUGUCGGGAGAGUUUGGCGACUUCGGCGAUUCUGGGAGCGGAUUUCGAGGGGAGACGGUGCUGGCCUCCGGUAG